GCCGGCAUUUUACACGAACCCAAAAAGGGUUUAUCCGUUCUCACGGCUAUUGUCUUCAUUGCUGGUGAACUGGCCGGCAGUGGAGUUUUAGCCCUUCCCGAUGCUCUCGCAGAUAUGGCCCGUUGUUGGCUUAUGCUUGAAGAGCGAUGGCCUGAAUAUAGGAGUCCAACCAGAAAUCCGUUUGCAUCUAUCGGUUACCGAUCAAAUGGACAAUGGAUGAGCUAUGUCUGUUCAGCUGUAAUGCAAGUAACCUUCUUCGGCGGUGCCGUUGUAUAUCUGCUGUUGUGCUCAGAAUUAGUCGAAUCUCUCACUCAUACCUUCUUAGGAAAAGUCACUUUCUGUGAUUGGAUUCUUAUAAUAGCACUACUAUUGAUACCCCUCUCUUGGUUGGGAUCUCCGGCCGACUUCUGGCCUCUGGCUGUCGGUGCGAUCGGCACAACAAUCUUAGGACUUGUAUUACUGAUGAUUGAAGUGGGUAUCGAUGCGCCCACACAUAUAUCGCACGCCACUUACGAAGCGCCGACAUUCUCGUCAUUUUUCCUCGGCUUCGGGACAGUUGUGUUUGCCUUUGGAGGCGCCGCUGCUUUUCCCACAUUUCAAAACGACAUGAAAGACAAAACCAAAUUCCCGAUCGCAGUUAUCUUCUGAUAGUGUUAUACCUUCCCGUAAGUGUCACGGGUUUCACAGUCUAUGGGAGUAUAGUUCAAAAUGAUAUAUUGAAUUCAGUCACUGAUGGUGGCCUCAAAACGGCAAUCUCUGUCUGUUUUGCCAUUCAUUUAUUUCUCGCGUUUCUAAUACUCCUGAAUCCCGUCGCACAAGAAUUUGAGUCAUUUGUAAAUAUACCCCAAACUUUUACUUAUAAGCGAUGUAUAACCAGGACAAUAUUGAUGGUGGCCAUUGCAUUCACAGCAUUAUCUAUCCCAC